AUGAUGAAGCAGCAAGAUGAGAAUUCAAAUAUCUACUUACCAAAUUCAAAUAAAAUUGCACUGGGUUUUAAUCCACUCUAUGGCAGUCCUGUUUGUGAUACGGGUGCAUGUCAAAUGGAAGGAUUUGGUCAUCCAGUAUUCAAACUCCAAUAUGAAUCUUCCGCAUCUGGUUCUUGUACGAAUAAACUUAUACCAAAUUUUGUAGCGCUUGACUGUCUACCAUCGGCUGUAACAAGUGCUAGUACUGAAGUUAUUAGUACAUUGAAACAAUUGUCUGAAAGUAUUUCAAACAAAAUUGAAGUAUCUGUUGGUGCUAGUUAUAAUGCCUUUUCAUUCAGUUAUACAAAUUCAAAAGAAACAAGUUAUAUGGUCGAUAAUAUCGUAAAAAAUAAUUUGACAAUAAUGUAUACAUCUGCGCAAGUAUCGCAAGUUAAAUUAUCUAUGUUCGAACCACUCAUGGAACUAUCUGAUACAUUUCGAUUUGUAAUUGACAACUUACCGUGUUGUGAUGACACAGAUGAUGAUUGGGUGACUGAAAAAUAUGUUCGAGAUUACGUACUUAACUAUUAUGGUUAUACUUUUUUGUCAACAUUAUUAUUAGGUGGUAUAGCACAACAAAACAUAUUUAUGAAUCGUGAAUCAUACAGACAUAUUGAGUCACGAAAUAUUUCAACCAAGAACGCAGCGAAAGUUCAGUUCUAUGUUUCAUUGGGUGUCUCAGUUGAAAAUUCACAAUCAAAUACUCAACAAGAAGAGUUUAUGAAAGAAGUUCAACAUAGUUAUGGUACAAAACUUGGUGGUGAUCCGUCAAUAUCUGAUAUUAAUGAAUGGAUAAAAACUGUACCAUUAAAUCCUAUUAUAAUUAAAUUUGGUAUAAGAGAAAUAUUUGAUUUAUUAACCAAACGUCGUUUGCCUAAUGAUCUUCAAAUACACAAUAAAUCAAAAUUGAUUGAAAAAAUAUAUUCAACAGCCGUUGUAUUGUUAUAA